AUGUGCGGCAGCUUCCUGAGGCGGGUGGCCGCGGAGGAGAGCCGGCACCCCACCCCCGUGGGCCGCCUCCUGCUUCCCGCGCUCCUGGGGCUCCGCCUGGUGCUGCUGGCCGCCGGCGGGACGGGGGUCUUCGGCGGCGGUGAGGAGCAGAGCGAGUUCGUGUGUCACACCCAGCAGGCGGGCUGCAAGGCCGUGUGCUACGAUGCCUUCCACCCCCUCUCCCCCCUGCGCUUCUGGGCCUUCCAGGUCACGCUGGUGGCUGUGCCCAGCGCCCUCUACGUGGGUUUCAUUCUGUAUCACGUCAUCUGGCACUGGGAGGCGUCGGAAAAGGUGAAGACGGAAGAGGAGACGCUGAGCCGCCCAGGGGAGAAGGGCGGAGAGGCCUCAGGGGCUGGCAGCUCCAGGCUGCUCUGGGCCUACGUGGCACAGCUCGGGGUGCGACUGGCCCUUGAGGGGGCAGCCUUGGGGGGCCAGUACCACCUGUACGGGUUCAGGAUACCCAGCUCCUUUGUGUGUCGUCUAGAGCCCUGCCUUGGUAGUACCAACUGUUACCUCUCUCGCCCCUCUGAGAAGACCAUCUUCUUGAAGACCAUGUUUGGGGUCACGGGGCUCUGUCUCUUGUUCACGCUUUUGGAGCUUGUCCUCCUGGGCCUGGGGAGAUGGUGGAGGAUCUGGAGGCACAAAUCCCCCUCUUCUAAUUACUCCCCGACUUCAGAGAGUGCCAAAAGACGCAAGGCACCCACUGAUAAUUUCCCAGUGGUAGAAAUAAGAGGACGGCCCGGAGAAGCAGGCGAGAGGGGCUCUGAGGUCCCUCUUUCUGCCCGCCCCUGA